AGUGAGAAGGGACUGUGCUGUUGCCAGUUCCUUGCCCACUCCUGGAUGCUCACAGCGGGGAUCAGUAUGUGGGGGAUUAGGUGCUGAAAUCACAAGAAAACCAAGUUUGAAAAUUGAGCUCAAGGAGUGUCAUAAACUGAAAAACUACAGUUCCAGCAGAAUCACCUUUGUCAGCCAGAAUGCUGUCUGGAUUUUCGAAUUUGUUACAUCCGCGGCCAUGAAUUUGUUUUUCAGUCAACACUAAAUCAGAAAUACUUGGAAGGAUGAUGUCAUGGAGAUAAAAAGAUAAAACAAAGCAAAAAGGCAAAAGAAAAAAAACUGCAACAAAAAGCCCCCACAAACCCCUGCCACUGAAACAUCACAAUCUGAUUGCUGCUAAUAUGCCUCAACUUGAUGCAGCUCCCCUAUACUCUGGUAACUUCUAACCUGCGAAGCAAAGUCAACAAGAAUGAGCAUCACAUUGAAAAAAGGCAAUCUCAAGUAAAGUAGAGAGAACAUUGCUGGAACAUUGUAUUCUUCAUGGAAACAACUGUAAAGAAAAAGAGUUUGAGCCAGCAUAAUAAAACUCUGCCAAGUGCUGGAAAGGCCCCUGCUAAUAUCUCUACCAUUCUGCCUUCAAAACAGAUUGCAACAUCCAGUGUGUCAGAUCUUCCAACAGUUUUGCCAGAAAUAGUGAGUUUAGAUUCCAUAGUAAAAGCAAGCCCUGGGAAAAGAAGACCAGGCACUGUAAUAAUAUCAAAACGGUCAAACACUGCAAGCAUGUCUCAGAGUCAGCUGAAUCGACCAGUCAUUCCAUCAAAGAGACCUGGCUUUAGGGUGUGCUAUAUCUGUGGCAGAGAAUUUGGGUCACAAUCUCUUGCCAUACAUGAACCAAAAUGCUUGGAGAAGUGGCAUAUUGAAAAUGACAAAUUACCAAAGCAUCUCAGAAGAGCAGAGCCAGCUAAACCUCAGUCCCUUACUGGUGGCACCUAUGACAUUAAGGCUGCAAAUGAGACAGCUUAUCAGAGUGCUCAAGCUCAGCUCUUACCCUGUGAAAACUGUGGUCGCACUUUUCUUCCUGAUCGUCUCCCUGUGCACCAAAGGAGUUGCAGACCAAAGGAUGGUGGCCUGGGCCCUUCAAGCUCUAAUCCCCUAAAAUCUGUGAAAGGCCCUAGCUCUGGCCUUGUAUCUGCAGCACAUACUGAUCGAUCUAGUAAAGUUCAACAAACACAUGGGGGUGCACCAGCCAUACCAGAUAAGCCACCAGUGAUGAGACGGCCACCCACUGUUGUUUGUUACAUAUGUGGCCGUGAGUUUGGAACUAAAUCUAUUGGCAUCCAUGAACCACAAUGUCUGAAAAAAUGGCAUAAUGAGAAUGACAUGCUACCCAAACAUUUACGAAGACCUGAACCUAAAAAGCCAGAAGUCAGAUCCUUAGGAGCCAAAGGUUUCUAUGAUCUCGAUGCUCAAAAUGAGGCUGCCUGGAACAGUGCCCAGAGCCAGUUAGUUCCAUGUGAUAUUUGUGGGCGUACUUUCCUGCCAGACAGACUGAUUGUCCACCAGCGGUCCUGCAAACCGAAACCAGCAAAGUAAAGCACACCGCACCCGCUCCCCAUCCCCCAACACACACCUUCCAGCCAAAGCAUUAAAGGAAUAAAAUCCUGCUUGGAAAUAAAAGGCAUAGCUCAGGGGCUCUGUAAAAUCACAGUGAUGUGGAAACAUGUUCAGAUCAUCUCCGAGGUAAAAACAACAGUAACCACUAUAAUGUAGGCCAAAUACAGUGAUUUUUUAGCAUAUUAUUAUAGAAAUGGAAGACAUCUCAAAUUGUCAUUUCUGUGCUCUGAGAGGUGCAGCACAGAGCUCACAGUUCAGGGGCACCAGUAAGGUGCCUUUAAGCCACCUUUUGUGCCCUUCUGAGCCUGUGCUAUUCUGGGGGGAUUACCCAGAGCAAAAUACCCCGGCAAUCAGAAAAGAAGCACCCAAAUACAUCAUCUAUAAAUAGCAGCGAACGCCCUGUCUCAAAUAAUGACGAGGGGAGAAUAUUCUGCAGUACUCAGUGAUGGUAGCUGGGCUGUGCCUCCCUGCCCCACUCCCAUGUAAAUUACUUUUUGUGUUUAACGUCCUCAAUUUUUAAGCUCUGACUGGAACUAUCAAGCUUCUUACCUGUAGAUUGUGGAGGGGAGUCAGAUGUAGGGUGAGUCACAUGGCUUAGUAGUCCUAGUGGUUGGGGGGAGGGACCAGCUAGAGGAGCCAAAUGUAGGCUGAACAUAAAGUUUAGCAGAGCACAAUAAUCUCCCUUCACACCAGCACUUCCGUCACUCCCUCUUCCUGAGUUUUCCUGUUUCCUUUGUGGCAGAUUGCUCUUUUCCCCAGGAACAAUCAAUAAAUCAGCCUGCAGCAUUUCCGGCUCCUUGGAGUUGCACAGUUUGCAUGGCUCCUAAGGACAGGGGUAUACUGUGCUGACUUAAGCCCCAUCUCCAUUAAAACAUAAAGAACACAGAACUUUUUUGUUACCUACCGUAGAACCAUAAUUUUAAAUCACACUGUUAAGACAAAGCUAUUUAGCCUGCUUAAGCUGGCCUAAGUAUUUAAGCACCUGGCCCAAAGUACACUUUCCCUGUCAAUGAGAAAGACAUGCAUUGACUUCACUGGGAUUUGGAUCAGACCCUAAAACCACAGGCACCUACUUUCCCCAUCCAUUGCAAUGACGGAGAAGGCAUCCAUAAUCAAGUGACAAAGUGCUGAUAGGUGCAAAGGGGGAGGCUGGUCAGCACUACUUACCCUGGGGUGGAUAUGUGGGUGUCUUUUGCCCCAUCCUAAACCAUACUGGUAAGCACUAGGAGGUCUGUACCAGGGUCUUUAUCCUGCUCAUUGCAGUCAAAGGCAAAACUCCCAUUGUCUUCAAUGGUUCAGGGUCAAAGCGCUAGCACAAGACAUGGGGAUAUGUGUUAUAUGGGGCAGCACUUGAGAUGUUUUUGAUUCCAACAUUUUGAAGAAUGCUAUUGUGUCCCAGAGCAGAGUCAGAGUCAAAAAGCACCAGUGAAAGGGUUAAACAUGUGAAGGAAAUAAUAUAUACUCAAAUAGAAUUGCAGCAGACAGCACUUUUUUUUACCUUACUCUAAAGUGUUUUACUAAGUGGCCAGGGAAGUUACUGUGAAAUGUAUGACAAAAUGCAACACAUGUUGUUAAGCAAUCAUAUGAACUUCCUGAACUGCUGAAAGAAACUGGAUCACCGACAAGUUUUCACCUUCAGUUUUAAUGUCAGUAAGCUGGUUGUGUGCAUCCUGUGACAAAUGUGACUAUUCCUAGAGUAUUUGCACUUAUUGUUGCAUUUAUAAAAAUCAGAUAUAAGGAACUGGAUGUCUUUAUGUACUCUGAAAUGACAGAUGGACUUCAACUACUUUUUUUCCCUCAAGCUAUCAGUCUGCACAAUUUGCCAUGAAGGCAAAACAAGAAAUAGCAUCAUUGUUCAGCUGUUACGGGAAUGCCCCCGCACCUGCCCCUGCCUGAGUCGCAACACAAAGUUAAUUCAAAUUGGGACAGAGAUCGGCAUUCUUUGCUGAAAAUAAUUUCCCAAACAGUCAAGCAUUUCAGCAACCCUUUCACUUCCAGGAGAGGAAUUUUAUUUUCUCUUGUUACAUAUUUCCUGAAGUCAGUGGGCCAGUUCCUGCUCUGCAAUUCAAAGCUCCAUGAACCCAACAGAUCCAGCCCCUUAAGUAUCUUCAUUGCAUUGUACGGAAUUCUUGGGUGGCAUUAGAGCUACUUCACCUCUUCUUCCUGGGACUGGUGGAGGGAGUGUAGCGAGGGGAAAGAGGGCGUGGACAGCUUGUUCCCAUGCACCAGCCAUCUGUUGCUGCUAGAUCCACCCCCAGAGGCUGUUGGCAGCCUGAAAGCUACUCUCUUUUAUUCUGGGGACUGGCCCAGUGCAAAAUGUCAUCAGGAUUGGAGGAAUUGGCAAAGAUGGCUUAAAAGUACCUUUGUGGCCAUCAUCCUCAGUUGUGGUAAGCAAUGCUUUGCUGCAGCUGAGGAACUGAGCCAUCAAGCUUCAUUCCAGAGCAAUUUCAAGAGCAGAAAUGGUUUUAAAAGGGAUCAAGGACCUUUAAGGUAAUCAAUUCAUUUGCUGGCAUUGAAAACUAAAUAUGAGGUAGAAUCAAAGAUCAACUGUCAAUGGGAUUUAGGCUCCUUAUUGCCUAAUUUACUUUUACAAAUGGGACUCAUGAGCCUAAGUAAUGUGCUAUUUUGCAAAUGUUACCCGUAAUGACUGACACCAGCUUCAUGUAAAGCUCUCCCUACAUCCACCUACUCAUCUCCCCAAACUGUGUAUCCCAAGAGCAGAGCUGAGCUGUUUGAAGGGCUGUGCACAUGGGGUGUUCACACAUACUUGUGUGGAUCAUGCCUUUGGGCUCCUGAGCCUUACCUCAAAAUUCCUGUCAUGGCUGCCUGAAGAGUGACUGCUAUGCAGGCUUUUGAGGGCUUUCUGGCAAGACUCUGCCAGACCUGCCAAACUUUGGCCAUGAGUUUGAAAGCUGUUGUGCCAUUGAAAUGGAAAACUAGAGUUUAAUUAGAGCUUCACAGUACAAAGUGAAGUGUAAGUUCUGUUAAUAUAGCAGAGCUUGCUUUAUAUAUUUAUGUUUGUGAGAUUGUAAAUGUGAAGGGGGCUGGUAGCCUGACAGUGCAGUGGCAGCACAAUGGUUCUCACACCUAAGGGACCCAAGAUCAAAGUCUAAGCUUUUGUACCUUACAGGACGGGAACACUGUGGAGGUAUCACACACCUGGGCUCUGGGUGGGGAGCAGACACUCCAUAUCACAUCGCUCUCUAACACCAUCCCUGUGUCAGAUGGAAAUAUAAAGUACCACCAGCUAGUUCUAGGACUAGUCCUCUUCAACCAGCACAAGGAUGUGGGCCCCUUGGGGGAAAGUAGAAUAAAAAGGCAUGGAUGGGGAAGGGACCAUUCCCCAGAAACUGAUAGGGAGAAUCUGAAAGGAUCACGAGUGAGGAAUACAAUGGAUCUUUUGAUCAUUUUUGUGAUGGUUUUGUGAGUGUGUCUCUGUGUUUGUGUUUGUGCAGUGCUAGAGACUACAGCACUCUGUUUAUCCAUAUAUGAGGUACUGCAGAGGCAGUAGCAUGGCAGGUUCUUCACACAACCCCAGCAAUCUGCCUCAAAACUGAUGCAGAGAGGAUAGCUUGAUCUCGAGCCUUUGUCACUGGCCUAGGGUGACCAGAUGUCUUGAUUUUAUAGGGACAGUCCCGAUUUUUGGGACUUUUUCUUAUAUAGGCUCCUGUUACCUCCACCCCCGUCCCGAUUUUUCACACUUGCUGUCUGGUCUCUCUACACUGGCCUCUCUGCAGAGACUGCCAGCAAGAGUACUAGACCUGUGCCAAGUGCAGUGGUGACUUUUAUGUCAACAUUUGCCCAGUGGGAUCUGCAUUAAUACCAUCAAUUCAUUUCACAAUUUAAUUCCUUUUCAGCAGCACUAAGCUGUGAUCUGUCCAGCAUUUUGCAUAUUUAUUUGGCAUUCCUCCUUUAACCUUCUUUCAGGAGAGGAAACAGAAAACAAAAAAGCAAAGAAUUUAACUUUCUUUGCUUUUUAGCAUUGUUUACAGUUCUUUGGCUACUUGCCACACAUUCUUAUCACAGAUUCAGUUGUCUUAUAGCGGGUCCCACUUCAAUUCUGUGUUUCUGCUGAUUCAACACAUAAUUGUUCUAAAGAUCUGAAAAAUGUUUUUCUGCACUUUAAAGAAACAAAGAAAGUCCCUUUAGUUGGCUAUGACUGUGCUGAUAGCAACUAAACAUGUAAGUAGGCAUGGGUUAUAAAAAGUCAGAAAACAAGCUAAAACAUUACUGAUCCUCAUGCAAGGCUCAGAACAUGCUAAGAGAAUGAAUGUCCUCCUUUAAACAAAGUUAUUGUUUUAAAAGAUAUAGAUCCAGAGUUGGAGCCUAAUGGUCAUUGAAGGCAAUGAAAUUCUUGACUCCAGGAAGAGACUCUCAAAAGUCCUUACUCAGGCAAAACCUCCAUUUCCUGUGGAAUUAUUAAAAACUGGGUAAGGACUUCAAGAUUUGGCCUAACAGGAAAAAAAAAUCAAUUGCAAAUGAAUAAUAUGUGUAAAAUGUUUGUGUCUAGCUUCAGAAUGACACAUAAUAUUAAUAGCCAUGAGAAUUUUAGCUGCAAAAGAUCUCUAACCCUCUCAAACGUUAGUGGUAAAGCACAUUGGAAGUGAUCAAAACAAUCCAGGGUGUGACUCCUUCACUAUCUACUCAACUUUCUUAAUGAAUGAAUGUUCAUGACAAAAGCCUGUGAAGGAGAAAAUGUGGCAGUUCAAUAAUUGAUUUUGUUCAUGCAAGUGGAAAAAACACUAUUAUAGAUACAUAAAUGUUUUUAAAAAUUAUUUCAUUUUAAACCUUUUUGCUAGUAAACAUUUUUUCUGCAAAAAUUAUUGUUUAUUUUGUAUAUAUAAA